GUGCGGUCGUGUGUGUUUUUAUAUCUUCUUUAUUAAAAUACUGCCCGUUUGCCCCAUCAAAAUGUGCUUCGAGUGAAAAAUUUAAUUUUACCUUAUUUAUUGGUAAAAUUAACACCAACAACCACAACAAACAAAUAAAUACAAAAACAGUGAGAAUAUAUGAAAAUUUUCUAAGUGGCAACAAAAAACGUCAAUUCAAGUGCUAAAACGUAAAGUGAGUGAGUGUGAGAGCGAGAAUAACCAUCAGUUACAGAGAGUAAGAAAUAGAGGAAAGAAAGUGUGUGAAUUAACAUUAAAGAAAUUAACUUGCGAAAGCAAUGACGACGGACAUUUCAAUUGUUCGAUGGGACCCUAGUCAGGGUCCUGGCAACGAAUACAUCGACGAAUAUGAAUACGAUGGUGGCAACUCCAGUUCAAGAUUAUUCGAACGUUCACGUAUUAAGGCCUUGGCCGAAGAACGCGAAAGCGUACAAAAGAAGACUUUCACGAAAUGGGUAAAUUCGCAUCUGUGCCGGGUUAACUGCAGAAUAUCAGACCUUUACGUUGAUAUGCGAGAUGGCAAGCAUUUAAUAAAGUUGCUGGAAGUGCUGUCCGGCGAACGGCUGCCGAAGCCUACAAAGGGAAAAAUGAGAAUCCACUGCUUGGAAAACGUAGACAAAGCUCUGCAAUUUCUGAGGGAGCAACGCGUACAUUUGGAAAAUAUUGGUUCCCACGAUAUUGUCGAUGGCAACGCAUCGUUAAAUUUAGGUUUAAUUUGGACCAUUAUUUUGAGAUUCCAAAUCCAAGAUAUUACUAUUGAGGAAGUAGACAAUAAGGAAACCAAGUCAGCCAAGGAUGCUUUACUAUUGUGGUGUCAAAUGAAAACAGCAGGAUAUCACAAUGUCAAUGUUCGCAACUUUACAACAUCGUGGCGCGAUGGCCUUGCUUUUAACGCCAUUAUCCACAAACACCGUCCUGAUUUGGUACAAUUUGAAAAAUUGUCAAAAGCCAAUCCAAUGCAUAACUUAAACAACGCCUUCGAUGUGGCCGAAGAUAAGCUUGGUUUGGCUAAACUUUUAGAUGCCGAAGACGUAUUUGUAGAGCAUCCUGAUGAGAAAUCGAUCAUAACUUAUGUUGUCACCUACUACCACUACUUCAGCAAGCUUAAGCAGGAGACUGUACAAGGCAAGCGUAUUGGUAAAGUGGUUGGCAUAGCUAUGGAAAAUGAUAAAAUGAUUCAUGACUAUGAACAUUUCACAAGCGAUUUGCUGAAAUGGAUUGAAACAACUAUCCAGGCAUUGGGUGAACGCGUCUUUGAGAAUUCCUUAGUUGGCGUUCAAGGACAAUUGGCGCAGUUCUCCAAUUAUCGUACAAUAGAAAAACCACCCAAAUUUGUUGAGAAGGGUAAUUUAGAGGUACUCCUAUUUACGUUGCAAUCGAAAAUGAGGGCUAAUAACCAGAAGCCAUACACUCCAAAGGAGGGUAAAAUGAUCUCGGACAUCAAUAAAGCCUGGGAGCGUUUGGAAAAGGCCGAACACGAACGCGAACUAGCUUUGCGCGAAGAGUUGAUACGUCAAGAGAAGUUAGAGCAAUUGGCAGCCCGCUUUGAUCGCAAAGCAUCGAUGCGCGAGACCUGGUUGUCGGAGAAUCAGCGUUUGGUUAGCCAAGAUAACUUCGGUUUUGAUUUGGCUGCGGUGGAGGCAGCCGCCAAGAAACAUGAGGCCAUUGAAACUGACAUAUUCGCCUACGAGGAACGUGUUCAAGCCGUAGUUGCUGUAUGCGAUGAAUUAGAGUCGGAACGAUAUCAUGAUGUGAAACGCAUUCUAUUGCGCAAGGAGAAUGUGAUGCGCCUUUGGAACUAUUUGUUGGAGCUCUUGCGUGCUCGUCGUACGCGUUUGGAGAUCUCACUUCAAUUACAACAGAACUUCCAGGAAAUGCUGUAUAUCCUCGACAACAUGGAAGAAAUCAAGCAAUUGUUAUUGACUGAUGACUACGGCAAACAUUUGAUGGGCGUUGAAGAUCUUUUGCAAAAGCAUUCUUUGGUAGAAGCCGAUAUAAAUAUUUUGGGCGAACGCGUCAAAGUUGUGGUACAAAAUUCGCAGAAAUUCCUCAGUGAUGACCCAGAAUCAUAUAAGCCAUGUGAUCCUGAGAUCAUAGUAAGCCGUGUUCAACAGUUGGAGGACGCAUACGCUGAGCUAGUGCGAUUGGCCGUCGAACGUCGUAGUCGUUUGGAAGAGAGUCGUAAAUUGUGGCAAUUCUAUUGGGAUACUGCCGACGAAGAGAACUGGAUUAAGGAGAAGGAACAGAUAGUUUCAACUGACGACAUUGGUCAUGACUUGACAACUGUUAACUUGUUGCUCAGCAAACAUAAAGCCUUAGAGUCCGAGAUUACUUCUCAUGACCCUCAACUGCAGAAUGUUGCCAAGGUUGGCGCCGAACUUAUUACCGAAGGUCACUUUGGGGCCGAUAGAAUUAAGGAUCGACUUAAGGAAAUCCUUUCAAAAUGGGAUCAUCUUCUUGAUUUGACAAAAUACAGACGUCAACGCCUGGAGAAUGCUGUCGAAUACUUCCAGUUGUUCGCAGAUGCAGAUGACGUAGACAACUGGAUGUUGGACACAUUGCGUAUUGUCUCUAGCGAAGAUGUUGGUCGUGACGAAGCAAAUGUUCAGUCGCUACUUAAGAAACACAAAGAUGUUGCGGAUGAGCUGAAGAACUACGCUGAAGUAAUCGAUGCUCUUCACAAACAGGCUGAAACUCUUAAACUCAAUGAAACGGAGAAGGCUAACGUUGACAAACGUCUGGAAGCUAUCGAUACGCGUUACAAGGAGCUUACCGAGCUAGGAAAGUUGCGCAAACAACGUCUGUUGGAUGCUCUUAGUCUUUACAAACUCAUGUCUGAGGCUGAUGGUGUCGAACAAUGGAUCAAGGAAAAGACCAAGAUGCUGGACACAAUGGUACCCGGAAAAGAUAUCGAAGACGUUGAAAUUAUGAAGCAUCGCUUCGAAGGAUUCGACAAGGAAAUGAAUGCAAACGCUUCCCGCGUCGCCGUUGUCAACCAAUUGGCCAGGCAAUUGUUGCAUGUCGAGCAUCCGAACUCUGAUGAAAUUUUGGAACGUCAAAACCGCCUUAACGUUGAAUGGUCGAACUUGCGUGAGAAAGCUGAAGCAAAAAUGGACGAACUUAAGUCCGCUCAUGGCGUUCAAACGUUCUACAUUGAAUGUCGCGAAACUAUUUCCUGGAUCGAAGACAAGAAACGUAUUCUCACUGAAACGGACAGUUUGGAAAUGGAUUUGACUGGCGUUAUGACAUUGCAACGACGAUUGAGUGGCAUGGAGCGUGAUUUGGCAGCAAUCCAAGCUAAACUUUCUAGCCUUGGAAAGGAAGCCGACAGCAUUGAGUCCGACCAUCCUGAGGAGGCACAAAUCAUUCGCGAUCGCAUUGCCCAGAUCGAACUUAUAUGGGAACAGUUGACACAGAUGUUGAAGGAACGUGAUUCGAAGUUGGAAGAGGCCGGCGACUUGCACCGAUUCUUGAGAGAUUUGGAUCACUUCCAGACUUGGUUGACCAAGACACAAACCGACGUUGCUUCCGAAGAUACACCAACAUCUUUGCCAGAGGCUGAACAGUUGCUCAACCAGCAUCAAUCAAUUCGCGAAGAAAUCGACAAUUAUACUGAAGACUAUAAGAACAUGAUGGAGUAUGGAGAACGAUUGACAUCAGAAUCGAAUACAUCUGAUGAUCCACAAUAUAUGUUCUUGCGUGAACGUUUGAAGGCUCUAAAGGAUGGUUGGGAGGAAUUGCAUCAAAUGUGGGAAAACCGUCAAGUCUUGCUAUCGCAAAGUCUUGAUCAACAGCUUUUCAACCGUGAUGCUCGUCAGACCGAGGUCUUGCUCAGCCAACAAGAACAUUUCCUCAGCAAAGACGACACUCCUGUCAAUUUGGAACAAGCCGAAAAUCAACUCAAGCGCCAUGAGGCAUUCCUGACCACAAUGGAUGCCAAUGACGAUAAAAUCAACACUCUUCUGCAAGUAGCAGAAACAUUGGUUGAGAAGGAACACUUUGAUGCCGAUAAGAUCGGAAAACGUGCAGAAAAUAUUGCCAGCCGUCGUGAAGAUAACCGCAGAAGAGCUCUGGAACAGCACGAGAAGUUAAAGAAUCAAGUCAAACUUCACGAAUUCUUGCAAGACUUGGACGAGUUGUCAGAAUGGGUCCAAGAGAAAUAUGUUACCUCUCAAGAUGAGACAUACAGAAGUGCGAAGACUAUUCAUUCCAAAUGGACUCGGCAUCAGGCCUUCGAAGCUGAAAUCGCUGCCAACAAGGAACGCCUCUACGAAGCCGAGAAGGCCGCCGAGGAAUUGUCCAAAGAAAAGCCAGAAUUUAAGGAUGUUAUUGAACCAAAAUUGAAGGAACUAGCAAAACAAUUUGAAGAUCUGGAAACCCACACGAAAGAGAAGGGUGCCAUGUUAUUCGACGCUAAUCGCGAAGUGCUUGUCCAACAGACUUGCGACGACAUCGAUUCGUACAUUACCGAAUUGGAGAAGCAAAUUGUUAGUGCUGACACUGGCAAUGACUUGACAUCUGUGAACAUUUUGAUGCAGAAGCAACACGUGAUACAGACACAAAUGGCCGUUAAGGAACGUCAAGUCGAAGAAAUCGACAAACAAACCGAAUACCUUAAGAAGACGGUGCCCGAAGAAAAGAUUGAACCGAUUGUGACCAAAAAGAUUGCAGUGCUGGAUCGGUUCGAAAAGAUUAAGGCUCCACUGAUCGAACGACAAAAACAAUUGGAAAAGAAGAAAGAAGCGUUCCAGUUUUGUCGCGAUAUCGAGGAUGAGAAAUUGUGGAUAAACGAAAAACUGCCUGUUGCCAAUUCCAACGACUAUGGCAACUCUCUCUUCAAUGUACAUGUUCUCAAAAAGAAGAACCAAUCCUUGGCCACUGAAAUUGAUAACCACGAACCACGUAUCAAUGCAAUCUGCAACAAUGGCCGCAAACUCAUUGACGAGGGUCACGAGGAUGCAAAGAAAUUCGAGGCAUUAAUCAGCGACUUGACACAGAAAUGGCAAGAACUCAAAGAUGCCGUUGAAAAUCGCAAGAAAAAUCUCCUGGAAUCCGAAAAAAUACAGCAGUACUUCUUUGACGCCCAAGAAGCUGAAUCGUGGAUGAGCGAACAGGAAUUGUACAUGAUGGUUGAGGAUCGUGGCAAGGAUGAAGUCAGUGCCCAGAACCUCAUGAAGAAGCACGAAAACCUGGAACAAUCCAUUGAAGAUUAUGCCAACACAAUUCGCCAGUUGGGCGAAGUGGCUAGCCAAUUCAAUAUCGACGAUGUGUCGAGUGUCGACGCAGUUGCCGUAAAACAGUCACAAUUGGACAAAUUGUACGCUGGACUCAAGGACUUAGCUGGAGAAAGACGUGCUCGCCUAAACGAAGCCCUGCAAUUGUUCAUGCUCAAUCGUGAGGUAGACGAUUUGGAACAAUGGAUUGCCGAUCGCGAAGUUGUGGCUGGAUCCCAAGAGUUGGGUCAGGAUUAUGAUCAUGUCACGCUGUUGUCUGAACGAUUCAGUGAAUUUGCUCGCGACACAGAAUCCGUGGGUGGCGAACGUGUCGCCAAGGUGAACAGCAUUGCCGAUAACCUGAUCCAAGCUGGUCAUUCGGAUUCCGCCACAAUCGCAGAAUGGAAGGACAAUCUCAACGAGUCCUGGCAAGACCUUUUGGAACUAAUCGAAACGCGCACACAAAUGCUUGCCGCUUCCCGCGAGUUGCACAAAUUCUUCCACGAUUGCAAAGAUGUUCUUAGCCGCAUUAUCGAGAAACAACACGGUGUGUCGGAUGAAUUGGGUCGCGAUGCCGGUUCAGUUUCGGCCCUACAACGUAAGCACUACAAUUUCAUGCAGGAUCUGACGACUCUAUACGCCCAAGUACAACAAAUACAAGAAGAAUCGGCAAAAUUACAAGAUUCAUAUGCUGGCGACAAGGCUAAGGAAAUCACAAAUCGCGAAAUGGAGGUGUUGCAUGCAUGGGCGAAUCUUCAGGCCAUGUGCGAUGCACGUAAACAGAAAUUGGCCGACACCGGUGAUUUGUUCCGCUUCUUUAACAUGGUACGGAUUCUAAUGAUCUGGAUGGAAGAUUUGGUUAGACAGAUGAACACCUCUGAAAAACCACGCGACGUUUCAGGGGUCGAGCUUCUUAUGAACAAUCACCAGAGCUUAAAGGCGGAAAUCGACACACGCGAAGACAAUUUCUCAGCAUGUAUAUCACUGGGCAAAGAAUUGCUGACUCGUAACCAUUACGCAUCGGCCGAUAUUAAAGACAGACUUUUGCAAUUGAAUAACAGUCGAAACGCGUUGCUAAGAAGAUGGGAAGAACGCUGGGAGAAUUUACAACUAAUUCUCGAAGUGUAUCAAUUUGCCAGAGAUGCUGCCGUUGCCGAAGCUUGGUUGAUAGCCCAAGAACCAUAUCUAUUGUCAUCAGAGCUUGGACAUACCAUUGAUGAAGUUGAAAAUCUCAUCAAGAAACAUGAAGCAUUUGAAAAGUCCGCUGCAGCCCAGGAGGAGCGUUUCAGUGCACUUGAGCGUUUAACAACAUUUGAGCUUAAAGAAAUGAAGAGACGCCAAGAAUUGGCUGAAGAGGCAGAGCGACAACGCAUUAAGGAAGAAAUGGAGGCUAAAGCGGCAGCGGAAGCGGCGGAACAAGCAAAACGUGAAGCCGAAAAACGUGAUGUUGUCGAUGUGGCGGCAUCCGAAGAAGCAGCCGCUGUAGUCGAUACUGCAGCCGAAGUUGAGCGCACUGCUGAAACACAAACAGAACGAGCAGCUGUCGCUAGUGGUGAAGCUCAUGAAGGCUAUCUGACAAGAAAACACGAAUGGGAGUCCACCACAAAGAAGGCAUCAAACAGAUCUUGGGACAAGGUAUAUACAGUUGCAAAGAGUGGACGUCUUUCCUUCUUCAAAGAACAAAAGGGUUACAAAAGUAAUCCUGAAUUAACUUUCCGCGGAGAACCGGUGUAUGACUUGCAAGGAGCCUCAGUUGAAAUUGCCAGCGACUACACAAAGAAGAAGCAUGUUUUAAGAGUCAAACUUUCAAAUGGUGGCGAAUUCUUAUUGCAAGCCCAUGAUGACAAUGAAAUGUCACAAUGGGUCUCAGCUUUGAAGGCCCAAAGUGAUUCGGCAGCUGUUGCAGAGAGUAGAUCACAGACACUACCAGCCACAUCGCAAAAGGACGAACCAAAGCGUAGGUCAUUCUUUACUUUAAAGAAAAAGUAAACUAGGUAGGUCAACAAAACAAAUACAAAAACACCAUAAAACAACACACACACACAUACAUUUACACAGCAACAUUUAUUUAACGCUUAAAUAAAUAUAAAAUUGUAAGGUUUAAUAAUUAAAAUUAUAUACGACGAUGAAAGGAGAAUAAUAGUUAUUUAUAUUGCUUAUAUAAUAUAAAGAACCCCGAUAAGUGCACGAGAAAACAAAUGCUGCUAUUAAAUUUAAUCUUACGUAUACUGUAUCUUAUUUAUUAUUUAACAAACGUAAAAUCCAAAACAAAACAAAAAUUAUAAGGAAACCAAUCAAAAAUAAAAACAAAACUCAUGUAUGCAUUUCAAUGUAUUCAAUAAAAAUAAAUUUAUUCCCUCUA